CUCGCCGCCCACCGCUCUUUAUAAACCGUCCCGGCGCACCUCCGCCCCUGCAUCGUUGACGACAUAUACCGCAGAAUCAGGGUAUUUCGAAGUGCAAAGAUGGCGCGCGAGUAUGUGGACCCGCAUGAGGGCGUAUUGUAUAGCGGGUUUGAGAAGUAUAAGUGGUUAACGAUUCACAUCAUUGCCCUCUGCGUGAUCUUUCUCUCCGUCUCCGGCUCUCUGUACAUCGUGACGACAACAAUCAGGAAGAUGCGAAGCCAGCGGACGCAGUUGCGGACCAUUGAAAAGUUUCCGAUGUGGAUUAGCUUGACUGAUUGUUUGUUUGGUGUUUUUCAUGGGACGGACCAUAUUAUUUCGAUCAGUCGCGGAUACUUGGCCACAGGCGCUGGGUGCAGGAUGCUGGGGUUCGGUACCGUCUACGCCAUGAAUCUCCCAGCCUUCUGGGUAACCGCGAUCGCCUUCUACCUCUGGACAGCGAUUGUUCGCGGGCGGUAUAUCAACGUGGGCAGCAGGGACUGGAAACUGCAUGGGGUGUGCUGGGGAGUGCCCUUCGUUUGGGGGAUGAUUCCGUUUAUAACGAACGACUACGGCCAGGAGCCGGCAUGGUGCGGCCUUCCCAACCGUCUGUUCCUGUUCAACGGCGCGAUCGUCCUUCUCGCCAUGAUCUCCUGCUCCCUUCUCUACGGCCAUUUAACCUACUUCCUCUGGACGCACGCCCGCAAGACCCAGGAACAGCUUGGCCCCCAGAACCAUCAACAAGGCCCGUCGAAGAAGCAGGCGAUCGCCCUGAGCGACAUGUCCGGUAACGCCGAGAACACCGCCAAACCCAAAAGAAACCCCUUGGGCGGCCCGAGUCAGAGCACGAGCAAGAUCAACAAGUUGGUGAAGGAGUUACCUGUCUUUGUGCUGAUAUACAUGGUGCAGUGGGCGCCUUACCUCAUCUACGCGCUACUGCUGCUCGCGAAAAAGGAGUGGUUUGAGCUGGAUGUUAUUGUGGUAACGUUGACGAACGCGGGGGGCAUCGCUAAUGCGGUGGCUUAUUCGCGGUUUAUGGCUAAGGAUACCCCAGCGGCCCCGUAUCGCCCCUCGACGACCGGUAGCCCGCUGCAUACGCGAAAUACGACUACAGAACCGGAUACGUUGUCCGCCCAGUCCGCCCUGUCCGGACCAGCUUUGCCGGCGGGUCAAGUGGCUGAGGCUUGGAAGGAGGAGGACGUGAGGAAGAGGAGCGCGUCGGAUUUGGAGGCCUGAAAGGGGAAGUUGGAGGAUUGGUGAAGUGGGAUUGGUGUGGUGGGAGAGGCGAGUGCAUUCAGAGAUUAGGCCUAUAGAUUCCCGUCGAGCACUUUUCCUAUUCGCGUUCCCACUUUUCAUUUAUAUCACUCGCAUAAUAAUGGUAUUGCCUAAAUGAUUCAUUUUCCUUUCCGGGUCUGGUCGGUGUAU